GGGGGAGUGGGUAAGGGAACCAGCACCACCUCACACAGGGAGACUUGGGCAGUACUAAAACCAUGUCAAAGAUGGGAAGGAUCGUGUUCUACGAGGACAAGAACUACCAGGGCCGACGCUAUGAGUGUGACAGCGACUGCACAGACUUCCAUUCCUACCUGAGCCGCUGCAACUCCAUCAAGGUAGAUAGCGGCUGCUGGGUGCUGUACGAGAGGCCCAACUACACCGGCUACCAGUAUGUACUGACCAGGGGAGAGUACCCUGACUACCAGCGCUGGAUGGGCCUCAACGACCACGUCUGCUCCUGCAAGAUGGUUCACUUUGCUAGCGGUAUCCCCUACAAGCUGCAGCUGUAUGGGAAGGGAGACUUGGCAGGCCAGGCGUUCGAGGCCACCGAGGACUGCCCCUCCGUGCUGGAGAAGUUCCACUGGCGCGAGGUGCACUCCUGCAAGGUGCUGGGCGGCUGGUGGGUCUUCUACGAGCACCCCAACUACAAGGGCCGUCAGUAUCUCCUGGAGAAGGGCGAGUACCGCAAGCCCACGGACUGGGGCGCGGUGUGUCCCAACGUCCAGUCCUUCAGACGCCUCACUGAGUAACCAGGGUCUAGAGUUGUCCCCCUCUCGCCCAACCAAUCCGAUCCCUCCUGCCCAAUGCUCGAUCAAGUCAUCUCCUACCAUUCUCAACACCAACCAAUGGGCACCCAAGAGAUGGGCCUAACACUGAGCCACGGCCACCAGCUAAAAUAAAACCCUGGCUGGCAAGCAGCUGAGCAGUUGUGUUUUUAUUGUGUGUUUGGUGUCUGACAAUGUCUAAUACAGCCAACAACC